CGGAGAGGGCGUUGAGGAGAGGAGUGUAACGCCAAGUUGAAGAAAGAAGGAAAGAAAGAAAGUAGGGGCGGACAGACUGGCAAAGACGGAGUGAUGGAUUUUCUAAUAGGGAGUCCGUUCUCCACCCCGGUUGGACAGCGAAUAGAGCACGCUACGAGCUCCGCACUUCAGUCGGAGGAUUGGGGCCUCAACAUGGAGAUAUGUGACAUCAUAAACGAGACAGAAGAAGGACCUAAAGAUGCAGUGAAAGCGAUCAAGAAGAGGAUUGUGGGUAAUAAGAACUUCAGAGAAGUCAUGCUGGCACUGACUGUACUAGAGGCAUGUGUGAAGAAUUGCGGUCACAGGUUCCAUGUUCUGGUGUCAACCCGGGAGUUUGUAGAGGGGGUUCUGGUCCGAGCCAUUAUGCCCAAAAACAAUCCUCCCAUGAUUCUUCAGGACAGGGUGCUGAGCCUAAUACAGGCAUGGGCAGAUGCGUUUCGCAGCUCCCCCUCUCUCACAGGCGUGGUCUCUGUGUAUGAGGACCUGAGGAGAAGAGGGCUGGAGUUCCCCAUGGCCAACCUGGAAACCAUGUCCCCUAUUCACACUCCACACAAGAGUGUGCAGAAUGACCAGUUGCCUGUCACUGCGCCAACCACCCAAACGGCUGCUCCCCCUGCCCCCACACCAUCCCAGCCACCUGCACCCCUGCCAAACAGCGAGGGCCCCCUUGCCAUCACUCCUGAUCAGUUGGAGAAGCUCCGAGCUGACCUGGAAGUGGUUCGGGGGAACCUGACCGUGAUGACGGAGAUGAUGAACCAGCUGGAUCCGGUUCACGCCAAGGAGUCGGACACCGAGCUCCUUCAGCAGUUGUACACCGUGUGUAAGUGCAUGCAGGACCGCAUUGUGGAGCUCAUUCCCAGACUCACCGAGGAAGCCCUGAUAGAAGAGUUGCUGGUCAUGAACGACGACUUCAAUACCACCUUCACCCGCUACCACAGGUUCGAGAAACACUGCAGUGGACAGAAGCCUCCAGAACAGGCUGUUGAAGCCACCUAUGAGAACCUUAUUGACCUCAGUCCCACCCCUACAUCUGUCAAUCAACCAGUAGUCACCGCUUUACCCUCCUACAAGCCCAUCAGCCAAUCAGCAGUUGGUGCUCUAUCCAAUCAGAUGGCUGGCCUCACCACGGGGACAGACGACGAGUUCGACAUGUUUGCUCAGUCAAGGAGCAGGUCCGUGGCAGAGCAGAAAAAGAGUGUGGACUAUGAAAACCUUGGAGCAGUGGAGACACAGGCUGGAAACGUGGAUACCAGGCGUAGGACUGCAGGAGUGGACGACAGCCCAGACUCCACCCCUCUCGGCUCAUCGCCUCACUCAGAAUGGAUGAUUGCCAGGGAAAUGAUCCCCAUCACUCAGACCAACGUGAUGGACGACAUUGAGAAAUGGCUCUCUGUUGACGAGGAGGAAGACCUGGAUGACAGUGAGGGUGUAACCAGUGAGGAGUUUGACAAAUUUCUGGAGGAAAGGGCAAAGGCAGCGGACCGCCUCCCCACCCUCAGAGCCACACCCUCUGCUCCGGCCAGCCCUCAGACACAGCCCACCCAGCAACUGGACCGAUCACAUGACCAGCUGUUCACUCUCUGAUUGGAUGGUGAAGUUGGCUGAUUGACACAUUUGACAGAGGUGUACUGUAACAAACACACUGGUGCACAUUCUCACACACACAGACACACACAUUCAUUCACUCAUCUAUACUCUUGAGUCAUGCUCUCACCUCAGUCAGGUAUGCUGCUGUCAGUGCAGCUCAGCAUCUGCGGUGAGGAUUUUGGUAUUAGCUGCUUUUUAACUCAGCUGUCACGGCCAUAUAAUUUCAUGAAAUAAUUAUCUCAGUGCUUAAUGACAAGCACUUAAAUGUGUUACCUAUGAUGGAAUGCCUCUGUUUGAGUACAUACACAUACAGUCAUUUACAUUUCCUACCAUAUUAUGCAGUCUUGCAUACAUAAACAUUUCUUUAAAGGCGUACAAACUCGGAAAAAAGUCCUGAUUCCAUAUGCUGAUUGUUACCUUAUGAAACAAUGAAUUCCGAAUGUUUUUCUCUUAAAUCAAUACCGGUAACUGCAGGACACAGAACUGUCCAGGUCCAACCAAACACAAUUUGACAGAGCUGUUUGAGCUGUUAUUGAGUGGCUGACUUGGAUUUGGCAACUGUAGCCAUUUACAGUGUCUGCUACAAGUCAUUUGUGGAAGUAAUAUGUAGCUGGGGUACAUUUAUGCAGCUAAAAAUAUCAAAUUAAAGGUAUCUCUCAGCUUAUUGAAUUGUGAGGAGUACGGGAUUAGCGUGUGUAGUUAGUGAUACAGAUACAUCCUAAAGCGUUGGUUAUUGAUUUAUUGAAUCAAUUAUUUAUUCAGUUCAUGAGCUACGGGGCCUAGGACAGUUUAGCUGUUUUUGUCUUGGCCUAUGGAUGCCAGCAAGUAGUAUGACGAGGGUCCCCUACCCAACUUGCCCGCCCUUAUCCCCAGUGGAACAAACCCAGUUUGUUCUGCUACUGUAGGCCCCCUGGUCAUUGUCAGCUGAUGACAUGGCCAGUUUCCUACCCAGGCCAUAGGGCUCAGUCUACACUCAAGAAUUACAGUGAAGCCGUUUUCAGUGUAAAUUUGAGCAGCAGAUAAAAAAAUGAUUACCUACCUACAUAUGUUGUAGCAUGAACACAGUGCUCUGUACACAUUUAAUUCACAGUGAACUUAUAGCAGAUAGACUGUGGAAUUUUGUCACAUCCAGGUCAGUGUUUAAAUCAAAAGCUGGAUCAGAGCUGACUAACUGAGCAUAGCUGGGGCUAAAAUUAGACUAUGCAGUGUUCCAUCAGGAACAAUGCUGAGAAACACUGACUUGCGCUGUUUUUUCCAUGCUGUUAUUCUAAGAUGAACCACAAGAGGGCACAGAAAGACUGAAGUAAUUUCAUCAAUGCUGGUAGUUACAAAUGAGACUUCAUAGUCCAUUUUAGAGCGACAACUGUUAGGUUGAACUUUAAAACAAAGCUACAAUGUUCUGUUUUAGAGGAAAAUGUGUAGUGUAUGAAUUAUUCAAUAUACAUAAAUGUAUCAAGUGUAUUAUACGAAUAGAUGAAAAUGGCAAACGUUAAGGAGAAAGAGGAAUCAAGAAUUUGUCUUCUUUCAAUUUUCAUAUGAAGGAAAAUUUUAUUAGAUGAUACAAAAUGUCAUUGCUGCUGUAAUGAAAUGUUAUUCUUAUUAAUAAAGAGAUGGU